AUGACUGGAAUUAAAGAUAAAACCUACCGGGCGGCACCCAUGCUACAAGGUUGGCCUGUCCUGAGAAGCGUUGGGUACUCUGUUCAAGAGACGGUCUCCGAGGUACGUCAUAACUUCCAUGGAUUUACAGAGGAAAGGUAUUCCUCCUCGUCUAAGCCCAGCCUUAGCCAAGUUCACCCCGAGCCUGCUACCUUGCUUGGUAACAUGUUCCCACACCGGAGCCCGCACGCAACUACCUACCCGGCUCUUUCCAUUACCACUUCGGGUCACUACAUGGCACACCAUCCCGUAGUAACGCAGGGCUCAUACAAUAGCCUAUUGGCCACCACUUCACCUCAAGGCAUUCCAGCGCCCGGAUACUUUUACGCGCAGCCGUACGGGCAUGCCCACCAAGGAGGCACGUUCCACAAGAGCUCACCAAUGCACACCGGAAUGGUUUAUGGUAGAGCGCAAGUUUAUCUCUGCAAUAGGGCUCUGUGGCUAACGUUUCACAGGCACCAAACAGAGAUGAUUAUCACUAAACAGGGGCGGCGAAUGUUUCCGUUUCUAAGCUUCAAUAUAUCAGGACUUGAUCCAACUGCGAAUUACAAUAUUUUUGUGGACGUUAGUCUCGCGGAUCCCAAUCACUGGCGGUUCCAGGGAGGACAAUGGGUACCAUGCGGCAAGGCUGACUCUAAUGGGACAGGGAACAAGGCGUACAUGCAUCCGGACUCUCCGAACACCGGGGCGCAUUGGAUGCGACAAGAAAUUUCGUUUGGAAAACUGAAGUUGGCAAAUAACAAAGGAGCAUUGGACUCUGCAGGACAGAUGGUUAUUGUCCAGUCCCUACAUAAGUACCAACCCCGAUUAAAUGUGGUUGAGGUGCGCGAGGAUGGAGUGGAGAACGCCAGUCAGCCCAGGCAAUCGUUUACAUUCCCGGAGACGCAAUUCGUUGCAGUCACAGCAUACCAGAAUACUGACAUAACACAACUGAAAAUAGACCACAAUCCUUUUGCUAAAGGUUUUCGAGACAAUUAUGACAAAAUCUACAAUGGCUACGAGAGCGACCAACUGACACAAUCACCGAGCGAUUCGCCCUACGCCCAGUUUGUUCCCGGUGCCAGAUAUGCCCUCGCUAAUUCUUUCCUCCAACACCAAUUCGUCAGCACUUAUGCCAAGCCCUGUUUCCGGCCAAGCGCAGGGGGUACGUCCGGACUCGAAUAUAACCCCAACAGCAUGCUGUCACCUCUACCCAGCAACGAGGACACGGUGUCCCCGAGAUGGCUUGUGACACCAACCAACAAUAGACUGGACUAUGCCCCACGAACGAAUGAUGCUACUGGAAACGCGGCCACUUUGCUGUCAUAUGCAGCAGCUGGAAAAGCACUACAGCAGUCCGCAACGGACGGUUCGAGUAGAGCCCUUGGUUAUUACGCAGAAGCAACGGAUUUUGCGCGUACCUCACCCCAGUAUUGCGCGGCGUCUCGUCCGACUCUGCCCUGCUGGACUAAUGCCCGCGCUGCGGGAGCUGUCAACUUUAUCGAGGACCACACACUUUUAAAAGAACGUUUGCAAGGUGUCUCUGAAGACACCAAAACACAAGACAGAACCUCGGAUUCUAGCUGGAUGGAUACUUCUUAAACUGAAUACGUUUCAAUGGAGGAGAUUCUUCCCAGGGUAUUGGAUCAAACGAGAAUAGUUUAAAUAGCCUACUUAUCUGGAAGUCUUGAAUUCGUUUUUUCAUUUGACUAACCAGUUGGCUAUUGUUAUAAUUUUCUAAUUGAAUGCAUCUAUUUAAGAUUUACCUGAUACAAUAAUGUAUUUAUUUAACAAUAAACACAGGCCAGCGUUUCAAGCUAGGCCUUAUUAUACUUUUUGCGUGGAAAGGCUGUACAUUGUUAUUUUGCCGCUCAAAUGUUAUUUGGUUGUUGCAGAAUGUUUUCUGUGCACAAGUUGAUUUUGUUCCGGGUAACAUCAUCAUUGCUGAGAUACCUUGAGCCGUUUAAACGAAUGAAAACUUACCAUUACAAGACUCUCAUUCUGUCCGUUGUAAUUCAACAUUAUAGCUUGUCUUGGUAAAAUGAAUAAUUAUUUGUUUGUGUUUUUAAGUAUAAUAACAUUUGCUUGUGCAUUGUUUGGUUUUGUGCAUGUUUUAUUGAAAAGUGGAACAUUGGUAGGCCAUGUUUCAGCCCAAAACUCUAAUAAGAAACGUUUAAUCUAAUUUAUAUGAUUUAUUUUAUUUGGGCGUAGAUUAGAUAACAUUUUGUUUAAAUGAUUGAUAAAAUAUUAAAUUCGACAAGAUGCUAAAUAGAAUGUAACCAUAUGAUAACGAUGGAAGAACAAUAAAAUAGGGAAGGAGGGACGAUGACAAAACAAAUAUAGCAAUAGAGUCUUAGUUUACAAAAAAGGGACAGUAUUUGGGAGAUCCAGCAACCUUUCACGGCCCAACGCUCCAUGACACAUUUUGUUCUUAUCACGGCCGUAGCUAACAUGGGGAAAGGUGGUUUUGAUUCAUCGGGCCCUGGCUAGGCAGGUUCCACUGAUCGUAAUGUCAGUGUUGUGUAUCAGUAAGGGUGCCCAGGCAUAUAACUCUUUAGGGGCCCUAGGAUUCUUAGACACAGUCCCGGUCCUAUACCCUGCGUGGUGUCUAUUUAUGAUAAGCAUCUAUAAAAAUGUUAUUGGUGAUUACGCAAAUGUCAACUGAAGUGGGACACUAAAGCAAUUGAGUAGGGGUAGAAAGAAUUUUGUCUACAUAGGUACUUUUGACUACCUAGUGCCCCAAGACUUCAGCCUAACUGUGUAACGCUUCCAUACUAACUGGACUUCAUAAAUGAUGACCAACAUACAAAUUGAUUAAUACUUAAAAUAUGAUGAUUAAUACUCACCUCACUGAUGUCUUCGGUCAUAGCAGGUUUUAUUUUUUGUAGGCUGUGUUUUGGUUGUACCUUAUGGUGUGGAAGGAUUGUAGCCUAUUGCGGUUUCAACAUUAUAUGGGCCUUCUCUGAAUCUGAAGAACAUUUAAAUUUAGUGGAAUUUUUAUUUUGCCCAUAUUUCACUCACUCGUUGUAUUUUCACUCAACCGUUUAUUUUCAGUGAAAAUUGCUUGUCCUUUUCUUUGCCAUAUGAGGGGAUUACACUUCGCAUUGUCUUUAGGGAUUUUUCUACCUUGCAACAGAAUAAUGGACAACAUUGAAAAUGUUGAAAGAUAUUCGUAAUGAUGCCCACUGAAUGUAUAGUGUUCAUUUAUUUUAAUUUUACAUACA